AUGGACCCCCAUCGUCGGAGCUCUUAUCAGUGGAGAGCUUUAUCAGAGGCGUGCCCGAAGGGGGAGGGGCCACUCUUCCUUUCCUGUCGGGGUACGGCGAUAGAUAAACGCUCCAAAAUGCAGCCGCUCAUCCUGCCCGCUCUCCUGGCUUCCAUCUGGACCAUCUGCGCCGGAGCAGGAGAUUGGUGCUAUCAGUCCCAGUUCACCUGUGAUCACCAGUGCAAUGUGCCAGAAAAGUGGAGCCACGUCAACAACGGCUGUGGAGGAAAAUACCAGUCGCCCAUCAACAUCAUCACCAGGAAGACUUUGAAAGACGAGCGACUGACUCCUUUCCAGUUCGAUAACUACCAGCAGAUCUUCAGAGGCACAAUCAAGAACAACGGCCACUCGGUUCAGGUUGGAGUUCCUCACCUCAGCACCAUCUCAGGUGGAGGCCUGCCAAGCAGCUACAAGGCUGUGCAGUUCCACCUGCACUGGGGCAACAAUGGAGGGCCUGGCUCCGAACACACCAUCGAUGGGGAGCAGUAUCCCAUGGAGCUGCACAUUGUCCACAUGAAGCAUCAUUACACUGAUCUGACAACAGCACUGUCGGACCCAGAGGGAGUCGCAGUGCUUGGGUUUUUCUACGAGAGGUCCAAUACUGCAAACCGAAAGUAUGACCCCAUCAUUAACGCUCUGCGCAGCAUCAAAACUACAAAUGGCAAUACAUCUCUGCUUCCCAUCUCCCUGGCACAACUCAUCCCACCCGAGCAGAAUCUGACCACCUACUACCGCUACAAGGGCUCUCUGACCACCCCGGGCUGUACCGAGGCUGUGGUUUGGACUCUGUUUGAGAAUCCCAUCCCUCUGAGCAUGGAUCAGCUCCGUGUGUUCUCUGAGCUCCAGUUCCACGAUGGAAAGCCGAUGGUGGGGACCUUCAGGCCGGUCCAGCCCUUGAACGGCCGGCAGGUGUUCCGGUCGGGAGGCGCGGUGAUCGUGGCCAGCUCCGCCUUCCUUGUGGCCGCCGUUGCCGCUGCCCUGGGACUGUCCCAGCCCAACUAG